UCUCCUUCACAAAAUUCUCAUUGAUUCUCUCUCGAAUUCUCAAACAUCCGUUUUCAGUACCAAUCACCAAAAGUUUCUCUCUUCUCUCUCUCAAAGUCACAACACGAAGACGAUGAAGCAACUAAUCCGUCGUCUCUCUCGCGUCGCUGAUUCCGCUCAAUACAGUCUCCUCCGUUCCGAUUCACAGCGACCUAGCCGCCGUUCCGAAUCCUUCCUCCGUUCUUCGGUGACUCGCCGCUCAAAGAAGCAAACCUCCUCUGUUCCCGAAGGACACGUACCGGUCUACGUAGGUGACGAGAUGGAGAGGUUCGUCGUUAGCGCGGAGCUACUUAACCAUCCGGUUUUCAUCGGUUUACUAAACCGAUCUGCUCAAGAGUAUGGUUACGAGCAAAAAGGAGUUCUACAAAUCCCUUGCCAUGUCCUUGUCUUCGAACGAAUCAUGGAAUCGCUUCGUCUUGGACUUCCGGUACCGAUUGAUGUUCAGGAUCUAAUCGGUGACGGGACUAUUUGAAGAAGAAGCUUUUAUUGGAAGGAAUCUUGGUAGUUAGAGAAGUUUUUUUUUCUUCUAGAUCUGGUUGUUUUUGUUCAGAUACUACUGAGUCAUCAUACUUCGUCGUCGUGUCGAUGUAAAUAGGUAUAUAAUUUUUCCAGGAUCCAAAAGUGGAAGAGGAGACGCAUUUAGGGAUUUUCUUUCUCUUUGUUGUUUGCAAAUUUUCUAAUUUUUUCGCCGGUUUUAAAAAUCGGUUUGAAAUUCUUGUGAAGUUUUUUUAUAUGGAAAAUUUGCAUCAGUUUGGAUCUCUUUAAUUUCUGGGUUUAUUUGACAUGAUUACAGUUUUUUUUGUUCAAGUUAAACAAAAAGAGGAUUUUGAUGUUUCACCGAGAUUAUCGGCAGGGUAAAUCCGUCAAUGCGAUACAUCAAGGGGAUAUGAUAAACUGUAAUCUGUGGCCGUUACUAUAAUAUUUUUAACCCGAUACUC